UCUUCUUCUUCUUCUCUCUCUCCACCUGUUGGAUUUUGGGUUUAGCCUCUCUUCUGACCCACGCGAAGACCGUCCGCUUUAUCCUUUCUUCCCCUCUAAACGGUCAUCUACUUCUUUCCUUAGGGCAUCCUCUGCAACCUGCAAUUCUCUCUCUCUCUCUCUCUCUCUCUCUCUCUCUCUCCAAUUAAGUUUCGGAUUUGGAUAGAAGAAGAAGGAAGGAGUGCUCAAAGAACUCCAUUUCACUAAGGACCAGACAAGAUGAUGCACAUGACUUUGUACUGGGGUAAGAAGGUAAUGCUUAGAGCUAAACAAUGAUGGAGAACUCUAACAUCUUCUACUCUGUGGGCAGAAAUCGCUUUAUGGUAAUGGUAGAGAAAACCUUUUCGAAGAAUGAAAGAGAAUAUAAAAGCUCAGAAAAUAGGAGAAACCACUCUUCGACUAGACAGAUUCAUGGGCGAGCAACUCUCUGGCCUACUUGCUUGCUUGCUUGCUUCAUCUUCUUGUCCGUCUUCUAUCAGUACAUGGAGGAUCGUCAUAUAAGCCUCAAAUUCUUCGCUACGGGUUAGAAGCCGUCCACCAUUCUGUCCAUCGACAUCCUUCUGCGUCUUCCAAGGCUUGCUGGAAGUCGUUGGAGCAACCCCUCCUGGUAUGCCGCUGCUAUCUUGUUCUGUGUAAAUUAGGCAAUCGGGUACCUCUUGCUUGCUAUCACGUCCUUCAAUGGAGGUGUCUUUUUGGCCAUCGCUUUGGGGCUCCCUUUUGGGUAUUUGCUCUUCAGGAUCGCUGACUAAGAAAUUUUGGCUGUGGAAAUGUGAUUAUCAAUUUCUUGGAUUUCGUUUUGGGGAUUGACACUUUCGUAUUUAUAUUUCUCCUCCUAUCCGUCAUCGGUACAUUCCAUACUUAAUUAUCCUUUAUACUAAUUUUUUCGUGUAAAUUAUCAUCGAAGAUCUUUUGAGAACGAGAAAAUUUUCUCCUUCAAUAGUUUGAACUAAUCCCAGAGGAUUAUGUUCGAGUUGAAUUCAGACUGCAGAGAGCCAUUUUCUCUCUCCGUAUUACCCAUGGAAAAAACCUUGAACCAUCAGUUUUUAGUUUAAGUUUGGGUUACUGAUCUCAAGUCUCGAGUCUCGGCUGACCUAUAAAUUUGAUUCAUUUGGUGUUGGAGGAGCAAUUUUGUGGGGAAUGAAGGAUACAGCAAAUGGUGUCUUUGUGUUGGUCAGAAGAGAGGAUAAACUAAAAAUCUAACAGGGAGAUUCCGCAAGUAUUUCAACCUCGUGUGAAGCGCAUUGCUCGAGUGAGAGCGAUUCAGGCGGGGAGAUAUACUACGGUGAGGAGGCGGAAUCAUCACUGUUUACUGCAGAGGAGCGGGAGGACUGGGAAUUUGGGAUAGCUCACUCGCUGAAAUCGAAUGAAUCGUGCCUUGAGGGGCGGAGAGUUAGUAAAAGAAUUCUCUCUAACACUAGAAUAUAAAAAUGGAGUCUUGGGAAGUUCUCUGGCUCUCCGAUAAGAGAGAAAUAAUGGAGAUUUCCAACUCUCCAUUUGUGUUGGCCGGAUUGCUGGCAUUGUGAUGGGCGGGGCGGGGUUGUGGUGCAAGGUGGGGGGGUGCAGCCGCGAAAAAGAAAGAAAGAAAGAAAGAAAGAUAGAAAAUGAGGGCUAAUUUGGGAAUUUUUAGGUAUCAAGGGAGAAGGAGUGGUAGGAGUUUACUUUUUGGGGGAAUCGUAUAUGAAAGUUUGAGUAGGAGAGUUUGAGUAAAUAUUAAGUAGAGGGGAGUGAUAGAAAUUUUUCCAACUAAUUACUAUAGAUUAUUUAGACUUGCCUUGGAUAUUUAAAAAAAAAAGAAGUUAGGUUUGCCUUGUGUAGUCUUAGUGAGAACACCCAAUAUGGUCACACCACUUGAUUGACAUAUUUAGCAUAAGAGAUUGUUAAAUGGUUCUCUAUAAAUACGUAAUAAGGGAGGAAAGAGACACACCAUUCUACACAUAGCCAACGAUUUAGGGUUUUGAGAAUCCCCAAAAUCGUAGCAGUCUCUCUCUCUCUCUCUCUUCAGGAUUGAGAGCUAGGGUUUGUAAAAUAAUAAUUGGGAACGAAUAUCUCCAUUGUGUUGGUGCAGAGUAGUCAGUUCAAGUGUUGCAAUGCUUUUGAGCACUUGCACUUAUGAUCAACCCUAAACCCUCAUUGUGUUUUUGUUCAAACUUGUAUUAUGUUCCAGGGUGCAGGGAUGCAAACUUUUUGUCUGGCAUUCUCCACCACUAUCAAAUACAAAACGUUAUAUUAACAGUCCAAUGAACCCUCAAUGGCUAGAGUAUCUCUACAUUCUCGGAAUGUCCAUAAGUUCUACUUUCUAACUGCAUAGAAGAGCUUCUCUCUUUACAUCUCUAGCAUGCCGUCGCUUUGUACUAUUGAUGGGCUAAAGCUUUGUGCAUUUUUCGAUACUCAUCACUGAAAGUCAUUUAUUUAUUAAAAAAGGGCAACUAGGAGCUAUCUACCAAAAAGAAAUAAACAAGAACUAGGUGCAAUGCUUCAUCUGAGUUGUUAUAUAAUUUUUAUUUCAUGUAGUGUGAUUACUGCAACCUUGUUUUCUGCCCAUCUUAUGGGGGAUAUGUUCUAGUAUUUGUAUAGGUUGUACUUUAUCUCCAAAUGAAGCUGAUUUACUUAUUUACAUGCUUAUAGAGAUAUGGCUCUCUUUCUUUUUCUGGUAUGGCUUGUAUCUUUUGUUUCUUUAAGCUUUCAUAAUACCUUCAAGAAUUUUACUGUCAGCUUAUCGAUGUUCAACCUGGUGGGGUAUCGUUUUGGCACAAUUGGGCUAUUUUGCUUAGCAUUCUUAUUUCUACCCAUUGCAAGAGGGUCAAUUCUUCUCCGCCUCAUAGAUAUUCCUUUUGAGCAUGCUAUAAAAUAUCAUGUUUGGUUGGGGCAUCUUACGAUGAUGAUGUUUACUUUACAUGGAGCAUUCUAUGUGAUUUCAUGGUCAAUGCAAGACAGCCUUUUGGAUGAAUUGUUGCAGUGGCAAGAUGAUGCUGUAGCCGUUUUUCCUGGGGUUAUCAGCCUUGCUGCUGGUUUAUUAAUGUGGGUGACAUCACUACAUCCAGUGAGGAAACAGUUUUUUGAACUGUUCUUCUAUACACAUCAACUAUAUGUUGUGUUUGUUAUCUUCUUUGUUUUGCAUGUUGGAGACAUCAUCUUCUGCACAGCUGCUGGAGGGAUCUUUCUUUUCCUGCUUGAUCGCUUUCUAAGGUUCUGCCAAUCAAGAAAGACCGUUGAUGUUAUUUCGGCCACGUGUCUUCCAUGUGGAGCAGUUGAGUUUGUGCUUUCAAAGCCAAGAAAUCUGCAGUACAAUGCUCUCAGUUUUGUGUUCCUUCAAGUGUGGGAAUUAUCUUUGCUGCAGUGGCAUCCUUUUAGCGUUUCCUCUUGUCCUUUGGAUGGUAGUAAUCAUCUUUCAGUUCUAAUUAAGGUUCUUGGGGGAUGGACAAAGAAGCUGGGAGAUAAUAUUUUAGAUAUUCAGGAUGGUGAACCACCAAGGUUAACAACUUCUGUUGAGGGCCCCUGUGGGCAUGAGUCACCAUAUCACCUAAUGUAUGAAAACCUUAUUUUGGUUGCAGGAGGAACUGGUAUCUCACCAUUCUUGGCCAUCUUGAGUGAUAUUCUCCACCGUAUCAAGGGGGAGAAACCUUGUCUGCCAAGAAAAGUUUUACUUGUAUGGGCUGUGAAAAAAUCUAAGGAACUUUCUCUUCUUUCUUCACUUGAGGUUGAGUCAAUAAGUCCUUUCACAGAUAAACUGCAGCUUGAGAUUCAAAAUUAUGUCACACAAGAAUCAGGGGCUUCAUUGGAAGAGGGUAAACAAUCUAAGAGCAUGAACUCCUUCAAGAUCGUUAAUGGAAGCAGCAUGUCUGUCUUGGUUGGUACUGGAAAUAAAGUAUGGUCUGGAAUUUAUGUUAUCUUAUCCACCAUUGGGUUUAUCACUCUAAUGGCUUUUCUGGAAUUAUUUUACGUAAAGCCUUUUCAAAUAACUACAUGGUGGUUCAAAGGACUUCUACUUGUGGUAGCCAUGAUUGCAAGUGUGGUCAUAUUUGGGGGUCUGAUUGUUGUCAUGUGGAAUCUGUGGGAGAAAAUAAAUUUGGGCCAUGAGAAUCACAUGAUUGAUGAUGAAAAGAAUGGCAUCAGGCAGACUAAUGAGCUGUUAAUGGGGCAUACUAAUUCCUCUCAGGAAGAACCUGAACUUGCUAGACUAGCUAGACUUGCUAGACUUGCUAGACUAAGUACCACUUGGUAUGGCCAACGACCAGACUUCCAAGAAAUUUUUGAAUCCAUUUCUGAAUGCUGGGGUCAUGUCGACGUGGGUGUCAUUGUAUGUGGUCCUCCAACUCUUCAAGCAAGUGUUGCCAGAGAGUGCAGGUCACAGAACCUAAGAGGAAGGCGCAAUCAACCACUCUUCCAUUUUAACAGCCACAGCUUCGAUUUGUAGCCAACGUUUAAUCUCUUGUAUAAUGUAUCUAGUAGUUCAAAUGCUGCAAUGUUCACUUGGCAUUGGAGCUAUAUGAACUUAGACUUAUGAUAGAUGUGUUAUUAUGCAUUUCAUACCUUUUUUUAUUUUUUAUUUUUAUUUAAGGAUAUAUUUAUGAUGAUAUGUAAUGUGGGAUGAGUGGGAUGCUACCUGGGUGCUUCUCCUUCCUUGAUGGUUAUUGAAACAUGCCUCGAAAGUGAGGUAUGGAUAUUCAAUUGUAUUUCAUC